UUGUCAGAAGACUGUGUCACUGGAAGCUUAGUCGAAUGGCUCCUAACUGAGGCUGUUGUUUCUCUAGGUCCUGCCCGCGAUCCAGUCAAAACCCAAACUUUCUGGCGGCAGCAUGUCUCAAACACUGCAGCUGAAGUUCGCCGAAAGGCUUUCCAUCCUGAAUGACCGAGGGAGAGGGGUUCUCGUUCGUAUGUACAAUGUUAAGAAGACAUGCUCAGACCCCAAGACAAAGCUGCCAUACUUAACAGAGAAAAGCAUGGAAUCUGCAGUCAAAUGCAUCACCAGGAAAUUUCCAACAAUUGAUAUACGGAGCAACAGUAGCCACCUCAGCAACAUCCAGAAGGAGAAGUCGGAAAUUCUGAAGAACCUGACCAAUUUCUACCAUUCCUUUGUGGAUGUCAUGGAAUUCCGAGAGAAUGUGAAUGAGUUACUGACUUCAAUGGAUAAUUAUCAAAUGUACCUGGACAUAAAUGUGAACUAUGACCUGACCAAGGGCUACCUUGACUUGAUUGUCACCUACACUUCUCUGUUCCUCCUGGUGUCUCGGAUCGAUGACCGCAAGGUCCUGCUCGGCAUGUACAACUGCGCCUAUGAAAUGUCCAAUGGAUCAAGUGAUCCUAGUUUUCCAAAACUUGGGCAGAUGUUACUGGACUAUGACCAUCCAUUCAAGAAGCUAACAGAGGAGUUUACAGCUCAUUGGAAGCUCAUCGCUGAUGCUCUCCUGUCACUGCAAGCCCUCUUCCCAAGGAGGAACUUCAAAGCUGAGGAAUGGCGGAGUGCUCAUCUGCUCAGCGUGAUCAGUGUGCCUGUCACUAUGCUCAAUCCUGCUGUCUCCGACACCGUGCCGUGUGAAUACCUGUCACUGGAGGUUAUGGAGAGAUGGAUCAUCAUUGGCUUCCUGCUGUGUCACAACAGUUUAAACCUGGAUCCAGCAUGCCUAAAGCUGUGGAAGGAAGCCAUGCAGUGCAGCCUGUGCAUCGAGCUUUUCAGGGAUGAGGUCUUAUUCCAUCACAAGGUAGCGGAGGAGCUCUUCAGCAGCAUGAAAGGAUACAACAAGCGUAUCGCAGAUACUAAAGAAUGUAAAGAAGAAGCCUCUUCGAAAAGUGGGGCCAUACACCGGGAGAAACGCAUUUUCCUGAGAAGCACGGUGAAGGAACUGAGCACCAUACUAACCGAGGAGCCUGGCCUGCUGGGACCAAAGGUCCUUUUUGUUUUCAUGGCGCUGUCGUUUUCCCGGGAUGAGAUUUCAUGGCUUGUGCGUCAUGCUGAGAACAUCACCAAAACCAAGACCCCCGAAGACUACGUGGACAGUAACAUAGCAGAGCUGCUGUUUGUGAUGGAGGAACUUCGAGCGCUACUGCGUAAGUUUAAGAAGGUGAUUCAGCGCUACUUUGUCUCCUAUCUGGCCCACUUCGAUGCCGUUGUUCUCAGUGAAACAAUUCAGAACCUCUGCGUUUGUCCGGAGGAAGAAUCUGUGAUUAUGUCGUCCUUUGUGAACAGUUUGACAUCCCUGAAUAUCAAACAAGUUGAAAACGAAGAGACGUUCAACUUCCAAGGAUUCCGACUAGACUGGUUUCGACUUCAGGCUUAUACCAGUAUUGCCAAAACCCCUUUGAUUCUACGGGAAAAUCUGAAGCUUGCAUCCCUCAUGAAUACUAUUGUUUUCCACACUAAGAUGCUGGACAAUUUGGCUGGCCUGUUGGAGGAGACAGCUGACCUCACUCCAUUCUGCUUCUACCCACGUUUGUUUGAGAAGAUGUUCUCACAAAGCUCUGAGGACCCCACACAACUGCCGUACCUGAUUGCUUUCCCAAUGGUUUGCUCACACUUCUCGACCUGCAUCCAUGACAUGUGCCCUGAGGAGUACCCUGUCCUCCAGAAGCGAAGCAUUGGUCUGUGCAACAAUUUUCUGGAUGAAAUCACCAAACACGCCAGCGUCUGUAUGAUCGAGCUCUGCUACGAGCAACGGAACCUCAGUGAGAAGCUCCUGCCCAAGUAUACUGCACAGACCAUCAGCAAAGCCGUGAACAAGAAGCGUAAGAAACCGGUCAGCAAGAAAGCUGAGCCCAGCCGAGAGAAGCCGGGCACGGAGAGCCAGCGCAAGGAUAGACUCAUCGACACCAACAUGGAUAAACAUCACUUAACCCUCACUGAAUACUGCAUGACCAUCAACCAUGUGCGGGAGCUCAUCAUAUUUGACCACAUAAUAUUACCCAACGAAUACCUGACAAGCCAAUUGGAGGUGCGACUCACCAGAGCUAUUAUGCGGCUAACUGGUUACAACCAAGCUACCCAGGAGAUUGCCAAACCCUCUGAAGUGCUGUCCGGAGUCAAGGCAUUCAUAGGAUUUAUACAUUCCAUCAGCCAUUAUGUUAACAUUGAUGUUGCCAGGAUUUGCAAGGAUGUGUUGUUGCAGCAAUCUCAAGCUGUAGAUGCCAAUGGGGAAAUGACCCUGACCACUGCUUACACCAACUGGUACUUGGAGAGUCUUCUGAGGCAGACCAGUACUGGGAUCAUCAUUCACUCCCCAGCUGUCAGGGCGUUUGUGAGCAUGCCUGUCGAAAAUAUGGCAAUAUUCAAUGCUGAGGAAUAUUCCGAUAUUUCAGAGAUGCAGGCGUUGGCAGAGCUGAUUGGACCAUAUGGGAUGAAGCACCUGAGUGAACACCUGAUGUGGCACAUCACAUCCCAAGUGAGCGAGCUGAGGAAACUGGUGGUGGAGAACAUGGACAUCUUGACCCAGGUGAAGUCCAAUCUUCAGAAGCCAGACUUGAUGACACAACUUGCAAAACGGCUAACCUCUGCUGACAAUGUUCUGAAGAGGAUGACCAUUAUUGGUGUGAUCCUGAACUUCCGAUCUAUGGCACAGGAAGCACUUCGAGAUGUUUUAUUGGAUCACAUCCCAUUCCUCAUGGGCUCCAUUCAGAUGCUGAGUGACAUCAUCAGCCCCACCACUGACACAAAGGAUAUGUUAGCUAUCUAUGAACUGAUGUCUGCAGCGGGGGGCUCUUGCCAGGUGGAUCCUGCCCUUCUCAUUGCACUUUCAAAUCAAAAGAAUGACAUUUCUCCGGAAGAAGAUUACAGACUGACUAACCUCCUCAUGGUCUACAUAGCUGUCUCCCUCCCAUCUCUCGCCAGUGACCCCAUGUCGUUGUACAAUCAGGAACACCAGGGUCACCGUAACAAUAUCCACUGUGCAGCCAAAGCCAUCAACGAGAUUGCAGCCGCCCUCUACACUAUUCACAAGAAGGACAUUCAAAGUCAUCUGAAGGAAUUCCUGGUGUUUGCCUCGCUGAGUCUACUGCAGAUUGGUCAAGAGACAGACAAGCUACUCAUGAAAAACAGAGAAUCGAUUUACCUCAUUCUUCAUAUGUUAAUUGAGCAGUCCCCUUUCCUGGAAAUGGAUAUGCUGGAGCCAUCGUUCCCAUACGUUUUGCUGAGGAAUGCCUUCCGGGAAGUCUACAGACCCAUCAUGAUGACCACAGGAUAGACACCGGCUGAUGGGAGGAGAUUUCCACUUGUGUUUCCUCUUCAAAUUGAUCUUUGGA